AUGGUGAAAGAAACAACGUUUUACGGUAAGUCAUCUACAUCUGCUUUCACUCAUUCCUUUUAAUUGAAAAUUUGUUCCAAAUCCUUUCUACAAAGCCAGAUUGUUUGCUGGCCGGGUGUUACAUGACAACCACAUGUGCCGGGUUGAACAUCGAUCGACUGCUGUAUUCCGAUUUUGUAAUUUCUUUCUCAGAUAUUCUCGAUGUUUCGCCGAGUGCUACCCCGAGUGAAUUAAAAAAGGCUUAUCGCAAGCUUGCCUUGAAGUACCACCCAGACAAAAAUCCGGACGCCGGAGACAAGGUAUGUAUGCUCUCAGUAGUUUUAAAAACCCUCGUCCUCAGUUUCGCUUUCUGCGUCCAUAGAAAGUGAAUUUCUCGGUAAUAUCUGUGUUUUUUUUAAAGAAACUAUGCCCCUUAGACUCUCUAUCGCAUUAUAGGACAUGAGUUCUGUAUCUUACAGAUAGUACUGUGGUCUUUGCUUGUGUAGAUUAUUUAUAGAGAUUGCAUUCAAUUUGUGGAAGAUGAUUAAUUUUUUUUGUGAUGCAACUAAACGCUAGCAGGGAAGUCAUUUUACUACCUUUUUGUUUAAGUUUAGAUAUACUGUAAUCUUCCUAUAUUAUCCUUCUAAAUCUUCCUAAUCCGUAUUACCAAUGGUUGUAAAUCGUUGAAUUAACAAUAAUUCAGAAAAUGCUGAAAUACGUCUUACAGUGUGAAUGCCUGGAAUUUUGGCAUGGUUACGUAGAUGAGUGGAAUGAUCAAGUUACACGAUAAACUGGAAGUUGUUCAAAAAGUUUUACAGCAAAACUUAAGUCAGCAUUUAUUUUGGGUGCUUUGUCUCUUGCGUAUUUUCACUUUUCCUUCAUAAAUUAUAUGGUCAAUGAUAAUGCAAUAAUAAUAAUAUUCUGCGAGGAUUUCUGGAAAAAGUAUUGUCAUCAUAUUCCGGGUUCUAUUCGUAUUACAUUAACUCCCUAUGGAUGAAUAUCCUUGGCAGAAUAGUAAUAGGGAUCCGUUUUUAAAGGAACGGAUAAAGAACAGGGUUCACAAAUAUGCCAAAUUUGGCGUAUUUUACGCCAAAAUUGUUCAGAUGACUCCACUGAGGUUACAGAGGGAGUCACUUUGACUCCAGAAAUUUUCGGUAACAAACAGGGAGCCACUUCAACUCCAGAAAUUUUCGGUAACAAACACAGUUUUGUCCUUACCUUUUUUGCAAACGUUGUAAACGUUGUAAACCUUAAUUAAGUCAUCGAAAUUAAAGAAUUAUACUGCACGAUAAAACAGGAAGAGGCCAAAUUACAAUCAAAGUUUACUCGAUGACCACCAUCAUGGAUUUGAGCUUUCCAGGUCAGCGGACCGCCACAGCUACUAAGUGUAUCCCUCAUGAUAGUGUAUACGUGGCAGGACCACAUGCUGGAAAGUCUGAAAAUGGCUUUUUUCGUUGUGAUACUUGACUCCAAAUAUUCCAAAAUGACUCCAAAAUUUGUGAAGCAGAAGUCACACUGACUCCACUCAUCAAUAAAAUUUGCAAACUCUGAAGAAUGUGGUGGGUAGGAAAGGUUUUUUUUGUCAAAGGGCUCUGGCAAAAAAGUGACCUGGUAGGAAUCUGCUCAUCCACAGUGGGGGUUCAGAAAAAAAAUGGAAGUCCUUCCUUUUUUGUGGGUUCCAAGUUUUUUACUUCUCACAUUAAUUUUGUUUCAUAGCUGGUGAAAAUAAGUUCUCAUGAAAGAAUGAAAAAUGAACUUCCCUCAGUAACUAUAAGUACAAGAACACAAGGCUACAUCUAAUAGUGAAGUGUUAAAUCACUACAUUUGCAUAAAAGUUCAGCUAUCUCAUAACAAGCAUCUCAUGCAAGAAGUGCGUUGGUCUUUUCAAUGAUAUUAAUAGCAUUAUUAAACCUUGAUCAUAGUUUAAGCAGAUAUCCCAUGCUUAUGAAGUCCUAUCAGAUGAGAGGAAACGACAAAUUUAUGAUGAAGGAGGAGAGGAAGCUCUUAGUGGAGGAGGUGAUAUGGGGGGAUUUCAUUCACCUAUGGAUAUCUUCGACAUGUUCUUUGGAACUGGGCAUGGUCGACAUAGAGGGAGACAAGAAAGAAAGGGCAAGGAUAUGAUUCACCAGCUCAAGGUAAUGUUUAAACCCUUAGUAUGUGUACAUCAAUACACAAUAUUCUCACAGUUUUCUUGAGAUGCAUUUCUAAUUUAGAAAGAUUUCAUGUUUAAAUAAUUUGUUAAAGAUUUGAAUCUUUAUUAAUCAUUUCAUUUAUUAAUAAUAUAUUUUUUCAUAGCUGUUGUUUGAUUAGACAAUGAUAUUAAAAUAAAAUUAUUGUUGUGCUCUAUAUUUUGGCAGGUUUCUCUUGAAGACUUGUACAAUGGUACAACAAGGCAGUUGGCGCUACAGAAAAAUGUUAUUUGUGCCAAGUGUGAGGGACGAGGAGGAAAGAAGGUGGGUGCUGGGAGUUGUUAAUCACUUUUGGUUAUUUUACUUUACUUUUAAUACUAUUACCUUCCCCUGUAGAAAACAAAAUAACGUGAUAAAACGUUAGACAUAACAAAUGAAAGAAGGUUGAGUAUGAUCAUCCAGACAAACAUAGUCCUGAAUAGGACUGUUGUGGUUGACAGUGACUGACGUUUCAACAACCUGUCCGGUAGUCAUCUGCAGGGUGAAAGUGAUUUGUAUCAUGUCGGUUGAUGGUAUUAAACUGUGAUUAUUGACCUGAUUGGUAAAAGUCCCAAUGUUAUUGAAGACUCGUAAUAAUAAAAUAAUGUAGUGACCAUAAAAAAAGAAGAUUGAUGACAGGGACACCACAACAGCUUACAGGCCUUUCACUAAGGACUAUUUUUAACCAAUCAGAAGCACUACUCACAUCUGAGUAGUCUGGGGUUAUUCCUCAGAUGUUGUUUGCAUUGUGAAAUGUCCGCUGUUUUCUCAGGCUGUGAACUAUGAUAUCAGUCAGCUUUUUUUCUGCUGGUUAUGUCACGUUACAUCUACCUUUUUGUAAUUUCCAGGGUUCUGUUGUAACAUGCAAUACCUGUCAUGGUAGUGGGAUGUAUAUCAGAAUCCACCAGAUUGGACCAGGAAUGGUGCAGCAAAUUCAUACACAGUGUAGAGACUGUGGUGGCAGUGGGGAGCGAAUACCAGGUAAUGUUACAUUUUCUAAUCUUUUUCUGGCUGCAGCUCUAGAGGCAUGGCUGGGGUGGUUGAAUUAUUUUGUUUCUGGUUCAAAUUUUACUUCAUUAUAAUUUAUUAUUAUUUUUUUGUUUUUUAACUCAUCAUACAUUACCAUUCUCACAAACAAAGGCAAAUUAAUUAGAAACUGGGAACAAAUUGAAGUGUCCAUGCAAAAAUGUCCCUGUGAUAUUUCACCAAUUUUCAAACCACACAAACUUACGCAAUUUUCACCUGUGGCUUUUUUUUUGGUAAGAAAACAUACUGUUAACAUGUUCUUUAUAAUUUCCACUAUAUUUGCUAAUUAGCAGGACUCACAUGCAACUAAAGAAUGUGUGUCUUUUACCAUGUAUAGAGUGGGAGCUGGGGGGAUGGUCUUUUUCCCUUGGGGAGGGUGAAGGGGGGUUUGUUGUUGCUGAUUGCAAAAUGGAUGGGUUUUGGAAAAAUAAUGUGGAAAUGUCACCCAAACCAAGGUGAAAUGUUUGCAGCAGUGUUUCUUUAGUGUAACUGUGUAACUUUGUAGCACUUUCCAAAAUUACAAGAUUAUUGUAAGGAUGUUCUUGCAUGGAGGACUUCUUAUGAACCACAACAUAUAGCCACUGUAACACCAAGUGUGAGUGAGUUUUUCCGGAAAAAAAGUAAGCAAUUGCUGGUGUGAUACUGAGGUGGCUUUUGUACAAGCAUGAUUUCACCCUGGUUUCCUUUCAUAGCUGUCUUUAUUUAUGUUACAGGUCAAAAUGAAUUCAGGUUAAAAAAAUUCUAACCUAGGUUGAUUCUCAAUUUCCUUUGUCUUUUAACAACAACAACAACAACAACAACAACAACGUAUUUAUUUAAAGAAAUAUAAAGUUUACAAUACUUCAUGUCCUGCAAAUAGCUACAAUGCUUAUCUAGGCAGGACAAGACUUUAACUAAAGGCGUUAUUAAAUUACAUAAGAAAAAAGAAAAGAAGAAAUACAAAAACAUACAGAAAGAAACACCCUACAUAUAAAUUCAAGUACAAGGGAUUUUGUUAUUUGAAAAAGACUAAAAUUACAACUGGAGGUAUAUACAACAUAUUAGGUUAACUUCACAAAAUAUUCUAUUAAAAAAUUAACAUUCAAAUAAUUAUCUUCAUUACCUAGAACAUUAAGGAGUAGUGAUUUAAUUUUUUCACGAAAAUUAGAAACGUUGAGAGUCUUAACAGAAAGUGGAAUAGAAUUCCAAAUAGACAUACCGAUUGUAGUAAAAGAUUUUUUUUUUUUUCAUUUUAGCCCUAAUUAUUCAUGAAUUAGGCCCCAGAGACAAAGGAAAUUGAGAAUCAACCUACCAGUAGGUAACAAAAUUUUAACCUGAAUAAAAUUUGGACCUGAAACAUUUACACAAUACUAUCAAACCAGCAUGAGUUCAUCCCUCUUGCUGUACCAGUUCAAUUCUAGUGCAAAAUCUUGCAGCAACAUGAAUCUAUUUUUGCAGCAUCAUUCAAGUAAAUUUCCAGUUGCUUAAUAUUAUUUUGUAAUUUUGGUUUGUAUUCUUUAGAGAAAGAUCGCUGCAAGAACUGUCAAGGCAGGAAAACAGUCAAAGAACGUAAAAUUCUGGAAGUUCAUAUUGACAAGGGUAUGAGAGACGGACAAAAAAUAACAUUUUCUGGUGAAGGUGAUCAGGAGCCUGGUAUUGAACCUGGUGACAUUAUAAUCAUCCUUGAUGAGAAAGAGCAUCCAUUGUACAAAAGAAAUGAUAUGGAUUUACGCAGAAAAAUGGUAAUUAUUCAUAAUGGUAAUUCAGGUUAAUCAAGGUUUUAACCUAAAUCACUGGAAAGUUCCCAACACUUUUGACCUCCAUUGUAGUCGAGAUCUGGGUGUUCUGUUCUCUGUUCUGCGGACUCCCAGCAUCUGAAGAAAAAUGAUAUUUAAAGGAACACAUCUCAGAUAAACUACUUGAUUGAGAGUUCAGUGGACAGCCAUUAUUAUUAGUAGUUGUAAUAAACACUAUUGUUAUUAUUAUUAUUAUUAUUAUUAUUAAUCUAUUAUUAAAGUUAAAUAAUUAUUGGCAGGGGAACUAUACAUGUACUUUUGAGUUGUGAUAUAAAGGCCAAAAUUAAUGGUUAUUAUUUGUUUUCUAUAGUUUUCACACCAGUGGCGGGCUUUCUAAUCAACCCUUUUUUAGCAAGUUUCAAAACAAAUCAAAUAGAAUGGAUAAAAUCUAUUUUAAGUGAUUGAAAGGGAUUUUGGGGGUCAUCUGUUCAGCAUUAUUCUUUGAGAAUGAGCUAUUUUAUUUUGCAUCCUUUCCUUGUUGAUUAUAGUAAUUGCAUUCGUGUAAUAACAUGGAACAAUUUUGUUUAUUGCUCAUCCUAAUAGGCUUUGUAUCUUUGUUGUUAUUCCUUAACAGGAACUUGAACUGGUAGAAGCACUCUGUGGUUUUCAAAGAACAAUAGACAUGCUAGACCAAAGAAAACUAGUCAUUACAUCUCUUCCUGGAGAUGUGAUAAAACCAGGUGAGUCGGAAGAUGUUUUGUAGGUUAAAUUUGUUCUUAUUCUAAACCGGUAAUCAACAUACCAGUAGGUUACCACAGUUAGAACCCCAGCAAAAAGCUAACCAGAAACCAUUGUACAAGCUGCUUCAGCCUGAAAAUGUAUUUUACCCACUGCAGAUGUAAUACUCCUGUUUAAUUACAGCUAACAUUAAUCAACUUGAGAACAGUGUGAAAACCAUCAAAUGAUCCUAUUCACUCUUUGCACAAACCACUUUCAUGAGUUCUAAGCCUUUCUUUUUUGCUCUUUGUUUUCUUUGUUUUGUGUCACUACUUUAAUGCUGAUGUAAUGUUUUAAAAAUGCUUGUGAUAGGUGACGUAAAGUGUGUCAUGAAUGAGGGAAUGCCAAGAUACAGAAGCCCAUUUGAGAAAGGCAGACUAAUUAUCACAUUUGAGGUAUGUGUACCACACAUUAUGAUGGUUGCGAUGAUAUGAAGCUUACAAUACACAAGCAAAUCAGAUUAUUGGCACCAAAUAUAGGCAGCUAAACCACGGAAAUAAUAUGGCUCAUCGUUGCUAUAAUAGUAUUGCAUUUAACUUGAAUCACCUUAGAGUAGGUUCAUCAUUAAACAGUGAAAACUGUUCUGUGAAAUUUUACUUAACAUUAAUAAUUAUUACCUUAACAUUAUUGUUUAUAUACUAGCAAAAGAAAGAAAAAAGAGGAAAAAAACCUAAUUUGUUUCCACUUUCAAACCAAUUUUGUUUUUUUUUUUCUUUUUUUACUGAAGUAAAGUUGAAAACUAACCUACAGAUUGUGGUGUAUGUAGAAGUAAGAAUAGAAUGAAAAGCAGGAAAAAUUCUCAUGCAUGUGUUGGUUUGAGUUUUUUAGUAUCUUCACAACUUUCCAGCUUCUCUGAUAAGUUAUUCUUAUUCUAAAGGUUAAAUUUCCUCCUGAUGGCUUCAUCACACCAGCUUCCCUUUCUCAACUGGAGCAGCUCUUUCCGCCAAGGCAAGAAGUAAUAGUUCCAGAGGAUGCUGAAGAAGUCGACCUUGUUAAGUUAGAUCCCGAAGAGGAAUCCAGACGGCGCAGAAGUCAAGCGGUAAGAAACAAAUUAGUACUACCACCAAAGCGUCAAAAGGGGUGAAUCAAGGAUUUUUGUGUGAGAAUCACAAAUCAGUUACAGAGUUUGCAUCUUAGUUGUGAAUGCAUUAGGGAGCAGGAGGGGGGCACUCAAGGUAUCUACAUAUACACUACUCCAAUAAAAAUCUAUCAACUGAUGAGCUGCAGCUCCCUUUGACUCUGGAACCGACUACCAUUCAGGUUGUCAAAACUUCCCUCACUGUCCCAGUCAACACUCACUCAUGUGCUGUCCCACACAAUGGGAUGGGAAUGAGAUGGACUCUGGAAAGGAGCUUUUCUUUGUGGAACUCAACAUGGUGGUUAUGCAGGUGUACAUGUAUAACCUGAUUGAUUCCGGACACUUCCUCCCAUCUUCAUUUAGUUUUAUUUUUUAACACUUUUGCUCCCUAUCUUAGAUAUUUGUCAGGAAACCCCUGAUAAACAUAUACACCGUACCAUGCAAAAGUAUCACUGGAAAGACAUUGUUUAUAUAGCAGUUUAGAUCACAUUGCAUGCCUUAAUCUGUCCUUUUGAUUGGAAAGGAUUAGCAACUCAACAAGUCUUGAAAUAAUGGUGAUGUAAUGAAAUAAGCCUUUGCAUACCAUUGGCCAAAUUGCUCAUCGGGAUUUUUUUUCUUUCUAGGGAAAUGCUUAUGAUGAGGAUGAAGACUAUGGUCACCCAAGGGCUGGAGUUCAGUGCCAGUCGCAAUAACAAUGGUUCUUUCACUAUAACAACUGACUUGUCCACAGACAUCUCUGUUUAAUUUUUUCCCAUUCGCCACUUUAGAAAUGAGAAGUAAACUGGGCCAAAUUAAGAAAGGUCAAAGACUUCUGCAGCAUGCAAGGAAAGUAGUGUCCAGUAGCCCGUGGCUAUUGAAUUUUGCUAUCGGGCUAGUGAUUUUUGUUCUUUACUUGCCCAAGGGGCAAGUGCUGUUUUUUUGGGGGGAAAUUCAAAUUGCAGAAGGAUUGUAAUCAAUCCUGCUAAUCAAAAAGGGUUUUGGGGCUAGUUGAAAUGACUUGUGGGCCAGUACAUGCUGGCUACAGCUUGCCCGAAUGGUAGGCUGCAAAACUGGUUUUCUUUGCACCCUGUUCUUUGAUUGUUACUAGGGACAGGGGAAAAAAUGGCAAAUCCCUAGCCUGCAAAGCAGGCGUAUUUUGGUGGGCGAUGCAUGAUUUGUUUUCAGGAAUGACAUUGUCCUGCCAUCGUGGACGUUAUUACUACCAGAGAGUUGGGACGAGUCAAAAACUGAUUUUAAGGGAGAGGUUGAUAGGUUUAAAAUAGGGGUGGGGGAGAGGAGGAAAAAUGAUGCCAGAAAAAAUUGGGUGAUGCAUUUUGGCUCCAGUUCUCUUCUUGUUUGUAAAGUGGCAAAUUGGUACACAGGGUGUUGAUGGGAUGGAGGAAAUGAGUUAGGUCUUCUCCAUCACCCCCGCCCUGCUCAUGAUGUGUGCAUUAUGAAGAUGGCUGAGGACUGGUCACUUACAAUUUUGUUUUGCUACAACUUAAACUAUUAAAGCCUGUGAAUUUCUUAUUCUGUAUGUGGAAAUGGAUUAAUAUCUCAAACUAUACUUCCAUCUGUGUACUGGUUAGAAAUAAAUACAUUGCAUUACUAUGCAAAAUCUUUGCUUAAGAGAUUUCACUUGAAUGGUAGCACCAUAGGAUCUGGUUUACCAAUUUUAAAGUUGCAGAGGCAAUGCAGGGUAGGAUUGAAGGAUUAACGAAUAUAUAAAAGGCCAGUGGUGGGGGGGGGGGGGGGGGAGCGACAUUCUUAGGCGGUGGGAAAAUGUGGUUGGAAAAAAAUUUGUUUUUGUGCGUUUUUCGACAAUAAUAUAUGAAACACAUUUAUUGUUAAAAAUAAAAAAAUUUCAUUACUUGUCAAAAAUCUUUCCUAAAGAGUUUUACUUGAAAUGGAGCCACCAAGGGUUUGGUUUUCCCAUUUUAAAGUUGCAGGGGGCAAGGAGGGGAAGGUUGAAGGGUUAAAGGAAAAAAAAAAGGCCCGGGGGGGGGGGGGGGGGGAGGAAUCGACUUCAUUGCAGUGUAGUGAAAUUACUUUAGCAAAACAGUUUGCUUCCGUGCCUUUUGCCAAAUCAUAAUAAAGUGAACUUUAGCUGAUCAUGCAUGGACUAUCGCUACAGUGAACUAAACAAAAAAAUUUAUUUAUUAGUUCAGCCAAUAGACUGCAGUACUAAUCCAGUCAGCUAUACCUGAAUAAGGAUGCCACAAAUUAAUUUCAUUCUCUCUAUUCUUUUAUGAAGUAUUAAGUUUCAAAUGUCUAGCAGUAGGAGUAUUUCACAGUAUGUUCUUUAGUUAUCCCAGUCCAGUUAGAUAUCUCGUACUUUUUUAAUAUUAUUUUAUAGAAACAGCCAAGUGAACUGGUCGUAACUCACUCAGGAAGAUUAUCUUCAUGUAACAAUGUUUAGCUCAUGAUAUCAAAUAAAUUUGUCUUACCUGCAAACAAAAUAGUAUUACUUGCGAUCAUUUUGCCAUAACCUAAAGGAAUCUCAUGAUUGUGACCAUACAUCAGUUUUUGCCCGAAACUAUUCAUAUAGUAGGUACAGCAUUUUCAAUGAUAUGAACUAAUAUCUUUGAUAUAUUAUUGAUUUGUUGUUAAAAGUUUGGAAUGAGUUUGACAAAAGCAGCAGGUACUAAAGUAUUGUCCUUAGACAAACAUUGUUGAUUAUUGGGGACACUUAUUAGAUUAAAGUGAACAAGAAUAGCUGUCACGAUAGUGUUAUUGUUGCCUUUUUUGAUCCAUGUCGCUUUUGGCAGCAGACUUGGUGCUUUCAACCACCUGUGCAAAUAUUUGGUGGAUAACUCCAAACCUUAACGUAAAAUAAAAAAUUGGUUUUUGUUGUGUUCUCAACACGAUUUUCCACACUUAAUUUAUAUAAUUUUAUUUCUUAUCGUGAGACUCGCAUGUGGAUGUCUUUGUUUUAACUGUGAGGGUUUUUAUAUUUUUUUUCUUGGAAAAACGCAUACAAACUGUAGAAGAAGCCAUGAGCAACAGCAAUUAAACGAGUGUUAAUAACAGAAAUAAAAUGUUCUUUGCAGUUAAC